AUGGAGAAACCUGCUAUUCGCCUGGCGACACCAGAGGAUGUCCCACUCAUCCUCCAAUUCAUCCGCGAGCUCGCCGACUAUGAAAAGGCCCUGCACGAGGUCGAAGCCACUGAGGAGAGUCUCCUAGCCACACUCUCCUUCCCCGGUACCCCGCCCAAGCGUGGCGCCGUUUACACGGCCCUCAUUACCCCACCUGCCACUGCCGAAAACCCCGCUCCAAUCCCCGCCGGCAUGGCGCUCUACUUCUACAACUACUCCACUUGGCGCUCUGCACCCGGUAUCUAUCUGGAGGAUCUAUACGUGCAGCCGAGUGCUCGCGGCCAUGGCUAUGGCUUCUUGCUGCUGAAGUACUUGGCGAAGCAGGUACUUGAGGCGAACGGCCGUCGGUUGGAGUGGAGCGUUCUGAAGUGGAACGAGCCUAGUAUUCGAUUCUAUGAGCAGGUUGGCGCCAAGGGAAUGGAGGAGUGGAUGAAGAUGAUGGUGGACGGUGAUGCUUUGACGAAGUUGGCUGAGGGUGUAUAG